AUGAAUGAAGCAAAGGACAUCACAGAGGCAAACAAGGAUGUAUUACUUGAUGACAUUCUGAUGCCUUUGAACACAAAAAGAAGUGCUUCUCUUGCUGAAGACAUUCUGUGGCCAUCCCAAGUCCCAUAUGUGCUUGAUAAAGACCUUGACAUGAACGCUAAAGGGGUCAUCCUGAGAGCCUUCGACAAUUUCAGGGUGAAAUCAUGCAUUGACUUCAAACCAAGGGAGUCGGAGGACUUUUACAUUUUCUUUCGAAAUUUAAACAAAUGUUCUUCAUAUGUUGGAAAGAAAAAAGCCAACGGACAAGAGCUUUCCAUCGGGAAACGCUGUGAUAAAGUUUACAUUGUUGAACACGAGAUUCUCCACGCGCUUGGCUUCUUCCAUGAACAGUCCAGAUAUGACAGAGACGAUUAUGUCACCAUUGUCUUCGAAAACAUCUUAGAAGGUUAUAACUUUACUUUUGAAAUAGUAUCCAGAGACAGCAGCACAACCCAGGGAGUCCCAUACGACUACUGGUCAGUGAUGCACUAUGGCAAAGACGCAUUUACGAACGGCAACGGCUCUACGAUUGUCACCACGGAUCCAAGAUUCCAAGACGUGAUUGGUCAAAGUCUAGGAAUGAGUCCUUAUGAUACGCUGGAACUGAACCUUUUGUACAAAUGCAACUCAACCAUCGCCUUUCAGAUGCACUGUAGCUUUUCUGAUGGGACCACGUGUAAAAUGAAUCGUCUCUCACAGAGUGGCAUUGGCUGGGAAGUGGUAACGCACGUUUACAAGGGUCCUAACUCUGACCAUACCCAUCUAGCAAGUGGACAUGGGAAUCACGGGCAGGAAUCAGGUUACUUCAUGCAUGCAAGCACAGCAUUUGGUCAAGAAGGAGAUUCAGCAAGCUUGGAGACCAGGAUGAUGAGUCCAAAAAGGGACUGUCAUGUCCAGUGCCUCCAGUUCUACUACUACCACAGUGGGAACGACUCGGACACACUUAACAUCUGGAUCAGAGAGUUUCAGGAUGAACAGGACUCCACAGGAACCCUCCGCCUCAUGGGACAGAUCACUGGCCCACAAACCUCUCACUGGAAGCUCCAACAUGUUUCUCUGAACGCCACCAAGAACUUCCAGGUGGUGUUUGAAGUUCAGAAAGGAGCAGGAAAUUCUCCAGGAGGAUUCUCAAUAGAUGACAUCAACCUCUCUGAAACUGAGUGUCCACAUGUAACCGUUCAGAUUGAUGAGUUUGAGAAACUGUUGAACACUAGUGACUUUAGAACCAGAGUUUACAGUCCCCGGCAGUACUCCAAGGACGGCUAUGCCUACAGGGUAGCUGUGUCACUCUACCAAACACAUAUCGGACUGAACUUUCAAAUCGUGUCAGGUGACUAUGACGACCAGCUGAAGUGGCCUUGCUUACAGAGGCAAAUUACUUUCCAAAUGCUGGACCAGAACCCCAACAUCAAGCUGCAGAUGUCUAAACAGAAGAGUAAGACUAUUGACCGAAAUCAGGCUCCUGACAGAGCCUACUAUUGUGAAAAUCCCCGUAAUACUGGUGAUGAACUGGUAUUGGAGAACGAGUUAACGUUUGUGGGACCUUUGGUUGGCUUUUACAUGUUUGCGUCUCUGGAAGAAAUGAAACAGAGAGAUUUCCUCAAGGGAGGAAGUGCUGUUUUCAUCUUCAACUUUCAAGAUCUCACUCCUCUUGUUAAUGGAAGCAUUUUACCGUGUCCUCAGCUGGAACCAGCAAAGGCAACGCAUUUGCCCACAGAUCGGGAUGAAGGGCCAUCAAAGUAG